UUAGUCUUUGUCAGAAGUUCAAAAAUCUAACACUCAGCCAACCGGAAGGAGAAAAAUGCAACUGAAUUCGGUUUCCAUGUGCGAGCUCUCUCAGUUCCGCCCUUCCUCCCUUCUUCACACCAGAUCCUUCCCUGCAAUGGGCAGAACCUUAGCCGUUGCUCUCCCACAGCCUCCGCCGCCUCUCCGGCUCCCGGCGGCUCCUUCCGUCAACUUCGAUGGACGACUCACAAGCGCCAGCUCCACUUCCUCGAGUUCUAUUUCUCUGGUCGGCCGCAGCUCUCGCUUCGGUUCCCACAAAUGCGCCGCCUCCACUUAUCAACCGAUUGUUGAUCAAUCAGAAAAAUUUCAUGAAGCUGCAAAGAAAGGGAAUCUAAUUCCUUUACACCAAUGCCUACUAUGUGAUCAUCUCACGCCGGUGCUUGCUUACAGAUGCCUGGUAAGGGAAGAUGAUAGAGACGCACCAAGCUUCUUGUUUGAGUCGGUUCAACCCGGUCUGGAUGCUUCCACCGUUGGAAGGUAUAGCAUCAUCGGAGCUCAACCAACCAUAGAGAUUGUGGCAAAAGAGAACAUGGUUACAACUAUGUACCAUCAUGAGAACCGUAGGGAGGAGCAGAUAGUGGAAGACCCAAUGGAUGUUCCUCGAAGAAUAAUGGAGGGAUGGACACCUCAACUUGUUGAUGAACUACCAGAAUGCUUCUGUGGUGGGUGGGUUGGUUUCUUUUCUUAUGACACUGUGCGGUUUGUUGAGAAGAAAAAGAUGCCUUUCUCUGCUGCCCCACCUGAUGACAGAAAUCUCCCUGAUAUUCAUCUUGGUCUUUAUGAUGAUGUUAUUGUUUUUGAUCAUGUUGAUAAGAAAGCACACCUGAUUCACUGGGUUCAGUUGGAUCGAUAUUCUUCCAUUGAGGAGGCCUAUAAUGAUGGUAUUGAUCGGUUGAUGAACUUAAUCAGUAGAAUUCAUGAUAUAGCACCUCCAAGGCUAUCUUCUGGUUCAAUCAUGAUGUCAACUAGUCUCUUUGGCCCUAAAUUGGAUGUCUCAAGCAUGACAAAUGAAGACUAUAAGGAGGCAGUAUUGACAGCUAAAGAACAUAUACUAGCUGGUGAUAUUUUCCAGAUUGUAUUGAGUCAGCGCUUUGAGAGACGAACAUAUGCAGACCCAUUUGAGAUCUACAGAUGUCUGAGAGUCGUCAAUCCUAGCCCAUAUAUGACUUACCUACAAGCUAGAGGGUGUAUAUUGGUUGCUUCCAGCCCAGAAAUUUUGACACGCGUCAAGAAGAACAAAAUUACGAAUCGACCCCUUGCUGGAACUGUUAGAAGAGGAAAAACGCCGAAGGAAGAUCUAAUGUUGGAAACUGAGCUGUUGAACGAUGAAAAGCAAUGUGCAGAACACAUUAUGCUUGUUGACUUGGGAAGGAAUGAUGUGGGAAAGGUCUCCAAACCUGGAUCAGUAAAAGUUGAAAAGCUCAUGAAUAUCGAGCGCUACUCCCAUGUUAUGCACAUCAGCUCAACGGUCACAGGAGAAAUGCUUGACAACUUAACCAGCUGGGACGUCUUGCGUGCUGCACUUCCCGUCGGCACAGUCAGUGGAGCUCCUAAGGUGAAAGCAAUGGAGCUGAUCGACGAGCUGGAAGUGACUCGGCGUGGGCCAUACAGCGGUGGAUUCGGCGGCAUUUCAUUCAACGGUGAUAUGGACAUUGCCCUUGCCCUGAGAACCAUCGUCUUCCCCACGAGCACCCGGUACGACACCAUGUACUCGUACGCCGACGUCAACAAACGACGAGAGUGGGUUGCUCACAUCCAGGCUGGAGCCGGGAUUGUCGCCGACAGUGACCCUGACGACGAGCAGAGAGAGUGCGAGAACAAAGCUGCUGGUCUCGCACGUGCCAUCGAUCUUGCUGAGUCAUCGUUCGUCAACAAAUAAAACUGAGAUCCCUUGGUUUGGUCUUCAGAGUUCAGUGUAAACGCUUUGCUCAAGCUUCUGCAAUGCUUUUUUUCUAGGUAGAAGUCAAGUAGGAUUCUUUUCAAUUGUGAGUGGGAAUGGAGGGAAUUGGUGUUAAGCAAAUGGAUUUGGGCUUGGUCCAAGUAGAAUGGGCUACUGAUCCAAGCCCAUCUAUUGACUUUGUCCGGCCCAUGAAGCCAUUUUGCAUUGAGCCUAGCUAAAUGAUCGAGUAUGACCUGUGACUGUGAGUAGUUAGUUGAUGAGAGGUUGGUUCGGUCAGUUAUUUUCCGAGUCUAACAAGUGUGAUUGAGAAAAAGUAAAGGGAACAAAGAAUCGUAACUUCUUUAGUGUUACCCUGAAUAAUCCAACUUUCAUUCAAGUGGGGAUUUGUCUUUGGUUGGAUGAGCUCACCAAUACCACUACUCUACAACUACUAUGACCAAAGGGGUGGGCAUAGUCUUAGUAAAUCGGACCGAAUUGGUUCUUUUACGGAAAAUCUAAUGCUUUGUCUCAACCUUCAUGAAUAUCCAGCAAAUUCAUUAGAGUUUGUUGUUAAUAUCUUAUUAGUUAUUACUCACUAUCGAAAAAUUUGGUAUAUACGGCAAAAUAAGUGGUACAUAAGACCUGGUUCGAUUGGUUUAGUUUUUUAUCAAUAUUUUUUACUUCUUUUCUAUUCUUGAUAAGUGACCCGUUAAAUUCAAAUGCAUCUUGAAUUCUAAUAAUUGAAACCUAACCGAGAUAGAUCCUAUGCUUUGACCAAAUCUUUUGCCCACAUAUCUUCCUUCUUCAAAAGCAAGGCCCAAAAUAUCUCUAGCUUAGCACCAAAUUCUAGGGCCUAGCAGUGUGCUAGAACAGCCAAAGAACACGUUGGUUACAUUAGGUGAGCCAAGUUUUUUGGUACAUUAGGUGCUUGUCUGCCUGCCUCCUCCAUUUGUGCUCUUCUACUUUCCUUCGAAUAACCCCAAGAAAACACACUGCUGCUUUCACCGAUGACAAGUUUGGCCAGAAUUUUUACCUUCAGAAGGUCAUGCAUGGCCUUGUUUGUUGCACAUGAUGACACAGUUGAAUCUUGGCCAAGAUCAGAGGCCCUAAAGUCGGGAAUGUCAUAAAGGCCGACACCGUAAAAUUUUUUUGGAGUGAAUGCCGACACCAUAAUGAGUAGAGAAAAGGUAUCUACAUGAGAUACGUUAUAGGGAAAGCUCAUGAUCCAAGUUUCAACACGUUAAAAGUGGGAUUUUGGUUCAUAGAGAUAUAAGUGAUCGGUUUUGGAAAGAUAUAUAUAUAUAGAUCGGCUAAAGAAAGUUCUUCUCAUUUUUAUAAGAACCGAAUCGGAUCAAUGGAUGAUGGGUCAGUGGAAUCUCCAAACCAGUUAUGAUAGCGGUUCGAUUUAUUGCUUGGACGGUUAUUGAUGGACCAAUCAACGGUUUUUCACGGUUCAACAGAAAAUCAGAUGAAUCACUACGGUUUAACUGGUCCACUGGUUCAAUAAAUCAACCAAAACAAAUUAAAAAAGUAGUUUAACGUAAACUAAGACCAUCACACCAUAAUUAUUAAUUUUAUAUAUGCUUCCUCUUCUCAUUUCUCAACCUUGUUGUCGACUUUAUGUGGUUCACUACCGACUGACAGCGUAAAUUUUUAAUGUGAAUGAAAAAAAAUCUUAUGUCUUUUGUGAGAUGGCUUGAAUUGUUUAUUAGAUAUUUUGGUGAUGAUAUGAAUUUCGAAAUUAUUUAUGGUGAAUGAUAAUUUCAUUCUUAAUAUGAAUGAAAUAAGAGUGACUGUUACUUGUAAUAUGAAUCAAUUGAAUAAUGAAUAGUUUGUUGUUGAAUCAAUACCGACUGAUCUUGUACAUUAUGUUUGAUUGUAAGUAUAGAUUAAAAAAUGUUGGUUACAAGGUAAACUCAUUUUAGUGGAUCAAAAUACAAUCUUAUCAUAAAAUUAAAGAUCAAGU